AUGGCUUGUUUCAAAUCUGCAAUUGUUCUGACUCUUGUCAUAUCAUGUCGCUUCUUGACCAGCAUUCGCAUUGCAAUGUACUCAAAUGUGGCUCUGUUUCUUUACAAUGUGUGUUUUCCUGCAUUUUCUUGUACGUUGCCGGCCAAUCUUUACACUCAACUCGAGAUCUGGGUGUGGAUGUUAUGGUGUGGCUAUGAACGUGAAAAGAAAGGGAGAAAGACAAUUGGAGUUCUGCUACUUCCAAGUAUAGUUAUUCCAUGGUGGUAUCAAAUCAUUCAACACAUGAAAAACAAGGUUGAUCUGAAUGCUCAUCGGUUUCGCUCCGGAUUGUUGUCUGAAAUCGACAACACAGCUAAGUUAUUAGCUCCAAUCAACUCUUCUGCAACAAAUUUAGCCCGAAUUUUGAGUUCAUCUCUCAACGGAAGUGAUCUUUCUCAGUUUGAAAUCGAAAAUAAGGUAGCUCCAAUUUUGUUUCAAACAUUUUCAGUAGUUCCUCACAUUUCGCAGAUUUCAUACCUUGGACUGCAAGGUUCUGUUUUCGCCUACUACCGCGAUGGAAAUGAGAUUUAUGCAGUAUACAGCAACUCUUCAACAGGCUUAAACCUACUGAUAAAUUGCACUUGUUAUAAGCAAUUUGUAGAUCAUGACACAGGAAAACUACAAGGAGAUACAAGUAAAUCCGCCGUUAACAUUUUGGCUAACUCGAGUUGGAUUGAACAAGCUUUAACUAGUCCUAACGGGUAUGCCUCUAUAGGAAAUGGAUGGAAUAGUGCUCAAGAUGUUCUGUUUCUUAAUUCUGUAGGUUUACUUGGGCAAGGGGUUAUCUCAUUAGGGUUUCCACUUAAAGCAUUGAUCAAUUUCUUCAAUGCAAUAGAUAUCCAUGGUGGAAGCUUGUAUCUAGCUACUCUAAAUGGAGAUGUAAUUGCAGAUGGGCUACCGAACACUCGCAUAAUAGUUGCCGGAAAAUCAGUUUCCUUCAGCUUGAUGAAUUUGAAUGGUGAUCAUAUAGGUUAUACAGAUUCGGCUUCAUGUAUACCUCAUAACGGCAUGCUCAGACCUACAACUUUGAACAUCGAAGAGGCUAAGUUCACAGCUUACUGCUCUCAACUCGAAAUCAUGGGAGUGCCAUCGGUGUAUGCAAUCCUUUUCCCGUACGGUGGAUUAGUGAGUACAGUCAACAAGAGCACUAGAUUAGCUCUCAUUCUACUGACUGUAAUGAUUGCUGCUGUCUUCAUUUCAGUUGUGAGUUUCAUAUUGUUAAUGAUGAGGGCUGCAAGUAGAGAGAUUCACUUAUGUUCAUCAUUGAUAAAACAAAUGGAAGCAACUCAACAAGCAGAACGAAAAAGUAUGAAUAAGAGUCUCGCUUUUGCUAGUGCGAGCCAUGAUAUUCGAGCUGCCCUAGCUGGCAUUACCGGUUUGAUCGAGAUAAGCUAUGAUCAAGAUUCGCGGUAUGAGUUGCAGACAAAUUUACGCAUGAUGGAUGAUUGUGCUAAGGACCUUGUAGGAUUGUUGAAUUCUAUUUUGGAUACGAGCAAAAUUGAAGCCGGAAAAAUGCAGGUUGAAUCAGAGGAAUUUGAUUUAGCCAACAUGCUUGAAGAUGUAGUUGAUUUGUUUCAUCCUGUAGGCAUGAAGAAAGGCGUAGACAUCGUGUUGGAUCUCUGCGACGGAUCUGCUUUUAAAUUCUCUUGUGUAAAAGGUGACAGAGGAAAGCUGAAACAAGUCCUCUAUAAUUUGCUGAGCAAUGCUGUUAAGUUUACCUCUGAGGGACAUGUAUCUGUUCGAGCUUGGGUGAGAAAGCGCAAUUUGGAGAAUGAAAUUAUAGCUUCGAGUCAGGAAGGAUUGUGGAAUCAUUGUUGUUGCUGGUUUAUGGAGCAUAAACAAGAUAAUAAUGAUGUGGAAAACAAGAAUUCAAUAAAGCAAAAUCCUAAUUGUAUGGAAUUUGUGUUUGAAGUGGACGAUACAGGCGUAGGAAUACCGAAAGAUGAGCAAAAGUCGGUUUUUGAAAACUUUGUUCAAGUCAAGGAAACAGCUCUUGGUCAAGGAGGCACUGGCUUGGGACUUGGAAUUGUUCAAUCUUUGGUACGUUUGAUGGGCGGAGAAAUUGGAAUCGUUGAUAAAGAGAACAGAGAGAGGGGAACAUGCUUCAGGUUCAAUACUUUUCUUAUUACAUCCGAGGUUCAUUCAGCUAAUGAUACAAGGAGUGACAUUGAAAUGGGAAAGGAUUUUGUAACCAAUAGCCCACAGCUGACUGUUAGAGUUUCUACUCCUAGCCUGACUAGUUGUUCGAACAGUCCCCGAUUGUCUAAACUAGGUUCUACACCGAAAAUCAACGGAUCCCUUGUCGUGAUCUUGAUUCAGAAUACAGAAAGACUAAGAAUUGUGCAGAAAUUUGUUGAGGGCUUGGGGAUAAAAGCAUUGGCUGUGACCAAAUGGCAACAUCUUUCGUCUAUGCUGACGAAAAUUAAAUCUAAGCAAACUGUUUCGCCUUACAGUUCUUCAGGAAAAUCAGAUUAUGGUUCAAGGAACGAUAUGUCUGGCAGUAAAUCAAAGAAGGGUAUUCCUUUGAGUACCUUGGAUGGGACGGAACAAAAAACAGCUUAUCAUAGAAGUAGCAGCAUUCUUAAAGGUUCUCCAAGCUUUACAUUACUUGUGAUUGAUACUAGUAGUGGACCAUUUGAAGAACUCUGCAGAGCUGUAAGUGAAUAUAAGGCUGGUUUUUCCUCUUCUUGCUGCAAAGUUGUUUGGUUGGAUAAACCGAUUUCAGGUAGCAUUAAUCGUUAUGGCCUUGAAGGCAGCAUGAUUGAUUCAGAUGAUGAAGUCUUGCACAAGCCCUUGCAUGGUUCUCGCUUGCAUCAGGUACUCAGAUUUCUUCCAGAAUUUGGAGGUAAUUUGUGCCAUGAAGUUUCCCCGUCGAUACAUCAUCGAAGAAAAGGUGUUAAAGAUCACGGAUCAUCGUCUUCCGUUAAUCUGCAGCAUAAAGAAAUAUCAGGAAACUCACCUCAAGAAAGGAAUAUGGCAAGAACUGAGAAACAAAAUAGUAACAAACCUUUGAAUGGGUUGAGAUUCUUAGUUGCUGAAGAUAGUAUACAGGUGAGGAGGGUGGCUGAGAAACAGCUUUCUCGACUCGGUGCCUCUGUUAUGGUUUGUGAAGAUGGAGAUAAAGCUGUAGAGCUAGUCCGUCGCGGUCUACAAGAUCAAAGGAAACAUGGAGUGCCACCUUAUGACUGUAUUUUAAUGGACUGUGAGAUGCCAGGUAUGAAUGGCUAUGAAGCGACAAGAGCGAUAAGAUUAGAGGAGAGAUCGUACGACAUUCGAAUGCUGAUUAUAGCAUUCUCAGCUGAUGAUGAUAAAAAAGAUGAGUAUGAGGAGUCAGGCAUGGAUGGCCAUUUGAGCAAAGUAUUAAAGAUAGAUGAAUUGCUGAAAGCCAUCGGAAAGAAGGCGUCUGAUUAGUGCAUACUCAUAGUUAUAACUCGAGCAGCUCAUCUUAAUUUAUCUAGAAGUUAUAUAGAAAUUUUUCUUUUCUUAUUUAAUGUAGUUUAGGUAUUACACUCCAUUGAAAAUAAUUC